AUGGUGGAAAUGAAGUUCAAGAAUGUGCUUCUUGAUUCGUUGACCACAGAAUACACCAUGGAAGAAAACAUCCAGCUGGAGGACAAAGCUCACUACUUCUUCUUCGGCACCCCUAAGGAGCCGGACUUCCUAGCUGAUGUUACCUUGACAUCCAAUGGAUUUCAAUUCCACCAGGAAGGUCAGAUAGAUCUUCUAUCAGGGCCGAGAGAGGAUGGACCAACUGUUGUCUUGCCGACGGAAACACAGAAGACUUUGCAUGCAUACUGGCUCAAGGAAUAUUUUGACGGAUCAAAAGAUGAUGUACUAAGCCAGAGCUUUGCCCAAGGUGUUUUACUGACAUCGAAUGGCACUGAAAUCGAAAUCGCUCCAGAAGCGAAGGCGCUGCUCAAUUCAUGGGGUAACCACUGGAUUGACACACUGCAGGGUGGUGUAGCCAUACCCCCAGGACCGUACUACUUCAAGAACAACGCCUUGUGGAAAGCCUUGCGGCUUUAUGAUGAUCAUCAAGGGGCGUUCGUUCUAGCUACUACCAAAGCAACGGACGAAGACGGCAAGUAUGGUGUAUUGAAUUCUCACGCCCUUGCGGUACCCUCACGCUUGUCCGUGAGAGCAACUGCAGAGAAGCCAUUUGCGGAAUGGCGGGUUGCUAUCAAGGACAAUAUUGAUAUACGGGGCUUGAGAACAUCGAUGUGUAACAAGGCCUUUCUUGAGCUAUAUCCUCCCGUGGCUGCUACGGCGUCAUCUGUGAAAAGCAUCAUUGAAGGAGGCGCUAUCAUUUUGGGGAAAACAAAACUCAGCUCUUUCCUUUCUAGAGAAGAGCCCAGCGAGUCCAUCGAUUUUCAGGCAGCAUGGAACCCUCGCGCAGAUGGAUAUCAGACUACUGGCGGGAGCAGUAGUGGAAGUGCCGCAGCUGUUGCUGCAUAUGACUGGACCGAUAUCGGAAUUGGCACAGAUACCAAUGGCAGUAUCAGAAGGCCAGCUCAGUGCAAUGGAGUCUUUGGGCUUCGGCCUAGCCAGGGGAUCUUCCCGCAAGACGGCAUGUUCACCAUCUUCAAUCACGUUGACGUUCCCGGCAUCUUUGCCAGAGACAUUGGUAAAUUGGCAGCCUUUGCGAGAAUGUGGUACGGAGAGCCUUUUACAGAAAGAAUCACAGAAAGUCUUCCGUCCAGGAAGAAGGUCGUGCUUGAUUUCUUGGAAGACUUCGGAGCCUUUCUCCACAUCAAAGCAGAGCGGAUAAAGCUGAGUGAGCUAUGGGGUCAAAGUCCUCCCAAAGAAGCUAAAGGGCAAAGUUUGCACGAGUAUUUGAAGGACGUAGGUCGCGAUACUUUCUUGUAUGCGAACUACCACAGUGGGACAGGCUUUCCCUACACGUACCGCGAAAAGUUCGGCAAGAAUCCGUUUGUCACCAAAUUGGUACAAUGGCGGUGGGAGGUGGGCUCAAAAAUCUCCGACGAGAUGCACAUGGAAGCAAUGCGUCGUGUGAGUGUAUACAAGAAUUGGUUCCUCAACAUCGUGAUGCGGGUUGGAGAGACGGACACGUUUGUCGUCAUGCAGAGCGAAGACGUGACGCCGAAAUAUAGAGAUGACCCUCCUCUAGAAUAUUCCAUCCAGCCCGCUUGGCACCAAUGGUGGAUCUCGCCCUUCCUAGGAGCCCCAGAAAUUGUGAUCCCAGCUGGUACAAUUGCGUAUCAGUCACGCAUCAGUGGUAAUAUUGAGCAUUUACCCGUCACAGCGCAAAUACUCAGUCAACCUGGUAUGCUCCGUAUGGCGUAUCCGAACUAUCAAGUCCUCUCCGGCAAAGGCGGCGUCGGCAAAUCCUCAAUAACAACCCAACUCGCCCUCUCCCUCUCCCUCUCCAACAAAACCGUCGGUAUCCUCGACAUCGAUCUCACCGGCCCCUCAAUUCCCCGCCUCCUCGGCCUCGAAGACGCCAAGAUAACCCAAACCUCCCUGGGCUGGAAACCGGUCCUCGUCCAUCCAUCACAAAACCUCCCUCCUCUCCCAGCUGAACACCAGCCUCCCUCUCCCUCACCUUCGUCCUCACGCCCAAACAACGAUCAGAAUGGUAACUCCACUCACCCUCCGAGCCACCCGUUCCCAGCUACAGAAGAAAUACGAAUCGGCGCCCUGCACGCCACAUCCCUCGCGUUCCUCCUACCCUCACGCUCUUCAGCCGUAAUCUGGCGCGGCCCCAAGAAAACGGCAAUGGUGCGACAAUUCCUGACAGACGUGCAGUGGCCCCCGCUGGACUACCUCCUCAUCGACACCCCACCGGGGACAAGCGACGAACAUAUUUCUCUCGCGGAGACGCUGCUGAAAACCCUGCCCCCUCCCAUCACUUCCACCACGUCUACAGAAAUCAAUGGUCGAACGGUUGGAGAGGGAGGCCAAGACUAG